GCUCGAUGAGACAUACGGUACGGCUCAAGGGAGUGCUUGCUAAGUGAGACUUUGGGCUGAUAUUAUUAAUCUUUCGCCAUGAGGAGAAUAUAUGGUCGACAUGAAAGGGGAUUGCCUCGCAGGAACGAGGCGAUGACAAUACGAAAACACGCAGGGAUAAAUGUCUGCGACAAAGAGAGAAGCUGCUAGGGCAACGGUAUGCUCUCGAUGCCGCGAUGAAUCAGUCGUAUAACCACAAUCAUGCCAGUCAUGACGUUGAGAAACAGCAUGACACGACUCAACAUCACCAGCAACGUUGGUGGAGCCAGCCUUGGCGAAGUAUGCACAACAACUUCACUUGCUCUAGGAAGCAAGCCCUUGAUCACACCCGUGCCAUGAAGAGGAGGAUAAUCAAGAUCGAGGACGCUUCACAUGUCCCCUUCCAGCACGCCGCGUACUACAUAGUACAUGCCCCAGCCCCUGGCUUCUACUUAUACCGCCAUCACAAGACCCCACGGCACCGGUGGCAACAUAGUCAACUGAGAGCGAUACCCAACGUACAAGAAACUGCAAGGGACGACCCCGAGCUGAGCAAAGAAGGCUACAUCAGAAACAACAUCCAUCCAUUUUUCACCCCUGGGUACUCCAUUCGUGUCCUACCGACUAGUAAUCAUAAAGGAUAACACGACCAAGGUUCGUCGAAGAGCAGAAAAUAGACGAAUCACCAUCUAAUGCGGCCUCGAGCUCGCCAUCUCACCAUACCGCCCACGAUGCUGCGUCGUGUCAUACGCCUGCAGAACCCGGGUCUGCGACUCAUCUGCCUGCGAGAAGGCAUAUCCGCGCUGCUUGCGCAUACGCUGCACCUGCCUGACCUUGCGGAUGGCCUUCUGGAAUUGCUCCAUCCUG